AUGAUAGGAGUACAUGUGCAGCUAAUCUCUGAGUUUACGGGUGUCUGUUCUCUCCAUGUCGUGUAUCAUACCACAUUAUUAUUAUUAUUAUUUAAUAGUAAUAGUAAUGAUGAUGAUAGUAGUUUUUUAAACGGCAGAGAUUAUGAAAGAAGAGAUAAUAGGGAUAGAGAUAGAGAAAGAGAAAGAGAAAUCCAUUUAAGAAAUAGAACUUGUUUCAAUUGCAAUAGUACUGGUCAUAUUGCUAAAGAUUGUCCAAAGAAACGUUAUGCACCAUAUUCAUCAAGAGGUAGAGAUAGAAGUUAUUCACGUUCACGUUCAAGAUCACCAAGAUACAGACGUGAUAGAUAUAGAGAUCGUUCAAGAGAUAGAUCAAGAGAAAGAAGAGAUAGAAGAGAUAGAGAUAGAUCAAGAGACAGAUCAAGAGAUAGAUCAAGAAGCAACGAUAGAAGAAGAGAAAGAAGCAGAUCAAAUGAUAGAAGAAGAGAAAGAGAGGGUAAUGGUGUUGCAAGUCCAGCUCGUUAA